GAGUGAUUUACAUAAACGAUUACUGUUUUGUAGUUACAUUAUGUUUCUAUUGUGUACACUAGACAUGAAACGUGUUAUUAAGUGAAGAGCGUAUAGUAACAUCAAUUAGGGAGGGUGAAUCAAGGCCGGCUAUCACCUUGGAGACUCUAUAGACAACAACGACCUGACACGUUCGCGGCUAUCUUUAACGCGCGUUAAUUCAACUGGAAGCACAAGUCCAAGCCAAUCUAAUGACGGCAUUUUAAAAUAUAACCAAUGAUGCAUUUUAUAAUAAUUAUAGUUCUACUUAUACAUAAAUCGUUUUCACAAACAACGCAAAAUAUCAACGUUUUAUUUGUAAAUGAAGAAAAUAAUGCAUUGGCUGAGAAGUCGUUUGAAAUAGCUAAGGAAUAUAUUCGGCGUAAUCCUAAUUUGGGAUUAGCAGUUGAUCCAGUUAUAGUGGUCGGAAAUCGAACAGAUGCUAAAGCAUUCUUAGAAAAUGUUUGCAGAAAAUAUAAUGAAAUGAUAUCAAUGAAAAAGUCACCGCAUAUCGUGUUGGACUUCACUGUAACUGGAGUGGGCUCCGAAACUAUAAAAUCUUUUACCUCUGCACUUGCGUUGCCUACAAUAUCUGGCUCUUUCGGUCAGGAUGGUGAUUUACGACAGUGGCGAGGCUUGAAUGUAAACCAAACACAGUAUCUCUUGCAAGUCAUGCCACCGGCUGACAUACUUCCUGAAGCGAUACGUGCUAUUGUUACUAAGCAAGACAUUACAAAUGCCGCGAUUAUUUUCGACGAGUUUUUCGUAAUGGAUCACAAAUACAAGUCGCUGUUACAAAAUAUUCCGACACGGCAUGUGAUUACUCCGGUGAAGAGCUACAGUAAAGACGAAAUAAAGACACAACUAAGGAGCUUGAGAGAACUAGAUAUUGUUAAUUUUUUUGUCGUCGGCAGCUUAAAGACAAUCAAAAAUGUGUUGGACGCAGCGAAUGAAAAUCAAUACUUUGGAAGAAAAACUGCAUGGUUUGCUAUGACAUUAGAUAAAGGAGACAUUGGUUGUGGCUGUAGGGAUGCAACUAUAGUGUUUAUGAAGCCAACACCUGACGCCAAGAGCAGAGAUCGUUUGGGAAAGAUAAAAACAACAUACAGCAUGAAUGGAGAACCGGAAAUUACCUCAGCGUUCUACUUCGAUCUAUCCCUGAGAUCGUUUUUAGCAAUCAAAUCGCUGCUGGACUCUGGCAAGUGGCCAAAUGAUAUGAAAUACAUCAGUUGCGAUGAUUACGAUGGUCAGAACUCUCCAAAUAGAACCUUGGAUCUGAAGACUGCAUUCGAAGACAUCAAAGAAACAGCAACAUAUGCACCGUUUUAUAUACCUGAAGACGGGUCAAUGAAUGGCAAAAGUUUUAUGGAGUUUACAACAGACCUAACUGCUGUGACAAUAAAAGAUGGCGCGUCCAUCGGCAGUAAGUCUCUAGGGUCAUGGAAGGCUGGAUUGUCGAAUCCGCUGUUACUAAAUGAUCCAGAAAACAUGACUGAUUACACAGCGCAACUUGUUUACCGUAUUGUAACAGUCGAGCAAAAACCGUUUGUAAUAAAAGAUGAUGAUGCUCCAAAGGGCUUUAAGGGGUACUGUAUAGAUCUGAUAGAAGAAAUAAGACAGAUAGUGAAGUUUGAUUACGAGAUAACUCUAGCGCCUGAUGGUAAUUAUGGGACUAUGGAUGAUAAUGGCAAUUGGAAUGGAAUUAUAAAGGAAUUGGUGGAGAAAAGAGCUGAUAUAGGAUUAGCGUCCUUAUCGGUGAUGGCUGAAAGAGAGAACGUGGUUGAUUUUACCGUGCCCUAUUAUGAUUUGGUUGGUAUAACAAUUCUUAUGAAACAGCCCAGAACGCCGACGUCGUUGUUUAAAUUUCUGACGGUUUUGGAGAAUGAUGUUUGGUUUUCCAUACUCGCAGCGUACUUUUUUACCAGUUUCCUCAUGUGGGUGUUUGACAAAUGGAGUCCGUACAGCUAUCAGAACAACCGCGAGAAGUACCUCGAUGACGAGGAGAAGCGAGAGUUUACGUUGAAGGAGUGUCUGUGGUUCUGCAUGACGUCACUUACACCUCAAGGCGGAGGCGAGGCGCCCAAGAACCUGUCCGGCCGACUGCUGGCUGCCACCUGGUGGCUGUUUGGCUUUAUCAUAAUCGCUUCUUACACGGCGAAUUUGGCUGCGUUCCUCACCGUCUCUCGCCUGGACACUCCCAUUGAGUCUCUGGAUGAUCUGUCGAAGCAGUAUAAAAUACAAUACGCGCCGUUAAAUGGAUCCGGCUCAAUGACCUACUUCGAGAGGAUGGCCAAUAUCGAAGUCAAGUUUUAUGAAAUAUGGAAGGACAUGAGCUUGAACGACAGCCUGAGUGACGUGGAGAGAGCCAAGCUGGCGGUGUGGGACUAUCCGGUGAGCGACAAGUAUACCAAGAUGUGGCAGGCCAUGCAGGAGGCCGGGCUACCCAACUCUGUGGAGGAGGCAGUCGAGAGAGUGCGCUCUUCGAAGAGUUCCAGCGAGGGCUUCGCGUGGCUGGGGGACGCUACCGAUAUAAGAUACCACGUUUUAACAAGCUGCGAUCUUCAAAUGGUUGGUGAUGAGUUCUCCAGGAAGCCUUACGCCAUCGCCGUGCAGCAGGGGUCCCCGCUUAAGGAUCAAUUUAAUAAUGCAAUACUUCAAUUACUAAACAAACGUAAACUGGAAAAGCUCAAAGAAACCUGGUGGAAUAACAAUCCAGAAGCAAUGCGGUGUGAGAAACAAGACGACCAGUCAGACGGGAUCUCCAUACAGAACAUCGGCGGCGUGUUCAUUGUUAUCUUCAUGGGGAUAGGGCUGGCUUGUGUCACGCUCGGUGUUGAGUACUGGUGGUACAAAUGGAGACGCCGCCCCACCAUUGGGGAUGUUUCGCAGGUCCUGCCAGCAAAAACUUUAAGAAAUAAUACAGAAUAUAGAGGCGAUAAAAAGGGGGAAGAACAACUAUCACAGAGAGCUAAAAAUUUAGUUCUAUCUGAUUUUAAGAGAAAAUUUUAAAACAUAACUUUUAGUAGAAAAUUUAUGAGCUUCUUGAUCUCAAUAGUCGUAGUUUGUAAAAUAUUUUUUGUUUUGCCUGUCUUAUGUCUCAUUUGUAUUUUUAAAGUUCUUUAGACGCGCUGUGUGCACUAUUUUGAGUGUUUUAAAUGAGAAGGCGAAUCAGUCAGAACAAAAUUAACUAGAGAAAUUUAUACACAAAAUGAUUUAUAUUGUAUCUAAAUGUUAUUGUAUUAGCAUUGAAAAAAAAUAUAUUAUUUCGUAUUAUAAGCCUUGUAUUGAUGAUAUUUUCAGUUUUGUCGUGUGGUCUUUUAACCGCACAUAGUAUUUUUUUUUAAUUUAACAUUACUGGAAAUAAUAAAAGCUCUUUAGACGCUAGUUUAGGAAUUUAUCUUUACUUAUUCUAAUUUGUAUUGUAUAAAGUAUUAAAUCUUGCCCAUUUAUAAAUCUGUUAAACAAUUUUGUAAUUUUUGUAGUUUUGUAAUUUUUUUUGUUUAAUUAUAUGCAGAAAUGAUGAAUAAACACA